AUGUACAAACAGCGUUUACUUUCAAGUGAACCAUCUGGCCAUGGAGGGCGUACCUCUAGCUCCUCAUAUGUGCACUAUGGAAUUGGUGGGGCUGGGAACUAUCAUCGACUCGACCAUCCUCUGCCGCCUAUACCACGCUCUCCUGUUCCCGCCUGGCAGGACCGUCCGGGAAUUUAUUCCAGCGGUAUCGGCGGCGCCGGAAACAUGCGAUCCUCUAAAGACCGGCCCACCAUCUCGCCAGAAGAGAGUCUUGCUCGGUUCAGACUCCAGGAAAUUCACAAGCCACGUUCAUACUACAUCGGUAUUGGCGGUCUAGGAAACAGAGCAAGCAAUCACAGUUCUUCCUCUAGCAGCUCUUCAUCAUCGGUUACUGGCGUUAAGAGCAUUGCUCUCUCUUUUGAGCUGGCGAGAAAGCUCGUCAAGCGAGCUGCAGGAAACAGCGCUGGGAGAAAGAGAUCAAACAGGGCGCAUAUCGGAGUGGCAGUCUAA